AUGACGACAGCAUCUAAAAGCUCUGUGCGCGUGUUGCAGCAAUUUCAAGCCUCAGGUAAGGACUUCUCGAUAUUUUUCGGUCGCCGGACUUUCGAUCGUGAUGCUAAACUGCUAGUUUUAGAUUCAUCCUUCAAUCCACCCCAUUGGGCUCAUUAUAAUCUCGUUCAAAGCGCAUUUGAGCACUAUAAGGCCCAGAACUUGCAUGUUCUUCUUCUACUAUCAGUCAAUAAUGCUGAUAAAAAACCUCAACCGGCAUCUUUCGACGAAAGAAUGGACAUGAUGAUGCUGAUGGCUCAACUUUUAACAAGAAAUUUCAUUCCAACAUCGGCCGCAUUAACCGUCUUUGGAAAAUUUGCACAAAAGAGCGCUGCAAUCCAUCAAGAAUUAGGAGCGACUUUACCACUCGUCUAUUUGGUUGGGUUUGACACCCUUAUUCGUAUCUUUGAUGCUAAAUAUUAUAUCCCGCAUGCUCCUGCUGAAGCUUUAAAGGAUUUCAUGACUACAACACAGUUUUACUGUUUAACAAGAGGAGCAAGUGGCUUGAGCGAGAGCGAUCAGGCCACUUUUGUCGAUGACAUAAAGCAGGGACGAUAUGAACCAAAUAUUCCAAGUUCUUGGCAUUCAAAGCUUGUCAUCGAAAAUAGUAAAGAUGAGUAUUCUGACAUCUCGUCGAGCUCGAUUCGUCAAAAAAUUGCACAUGCAGAUGAUACCGUGCGAUCUUUACUACCUGGUCCCAUUUUUGAUUACAUUAAACAGCACUCUCAAAAGACAAGUAUUUUUGGGCCAAAUCCAUCAAAUUAG